CAGGGGACGCCAUUAUAAGCAGUGAAUGAAGUCACUGAUCCAAAAAGCGCAGUUUUUGUCAUGUAAAUUAGCUGAGUUUGAAGUGAGCACAGAGGAAGCAGAGAGUAGACGCUUUCUUGUCGAGGUGUUUUCCUCUGAAUCUUAAACUUAUCCACUUCUACUUCUUUUUUAUUUAUUUCCUGCAGAGUUGGAGGAUAUUUGUGUUUUUCCUGCGCUGAGGAGAAAGAGCAACUCUGUCGUCUCUGCUCAUGAGUCCAGUUCAUCACGACAGCGUCUGGUUCUCAGAAGGACAUGGGGAGAUGGAUGUUACAUCUCUUAUCGGGGCUCGGGCUUCUCGUCGUCCUGUCGACCUACUGUCACGCUGAAGCGAACUACUGCUUCGCUGCCAGGGCCAAGAGCUGCUCUGAGUGCCUGCAGGCCGGGAUCAACUGCACCUACUGCUCUGACGAGAACUUUAACGGCCCUCGCUGUGACCUGUACAAAAACAUACUCUCCCAUGGCUGCAGCGCUGCGCUCACCAUCACAGCUAAAAGCGCGAUGUCGACUGUGAAGGCAGUGGGGAUCAACACCAGUAUUAAGAAGUCCCAGGUGUAUCCGCAGCUGAUGACCAUGAGCUUCCUGCCGGGAGAGACGAGGGUGAUGGACAUGGAGGUGUUCGCUCCGGACAAAGGCCCCCUGGAUCUGUAUAUUCUCAUGGACUUCUCCAACUCCAUGGCUGAUGAUUUGGACAACUUGAAGAGGAUGGGCAAUAAGCUGGCUGAGCUGGUGGGGCAACUGUCGGACGACUACACCAUUGGCUUUGGAAAGUUUGUGGACAAAGUGAUAGAGCCGCAGACUGAUAUGAGACCCGCCAAACUUAAACAGCCGUGGCCCAACAGUGACCCUCCGUUCUCUUUCCAAAACGUCAUCAAGCUGACAGGUGACGAGAGGGAAUUCACUUCUAAGCUGCAGAAGGAGAGAAUAUCCGGCAACCUGGACGCUCCUGAAGGAGGGUUCGAUGCCAUUCUGCAGGCUGCAGUGUGUAAGGAUCAGAUCGGUUGGCGAAACCACAGCACGCAUCUCCUGGUCUUCUCCACCGAGUCGGCCUUCCACUACGAGGCCGACGGCGCUAACGUGCUGUCGGGCAUCCUGAAGCGAAACGACGAGUCGUGCCACCUGGACGCAAACGGCAAUUACACAGAGGACGUACAUCAGGAUUACCCUUCGAUACCCACGCUGAUCCGUGUGCUGGGAAAACACAACAUCAUCCCCAUCUUCGCCGUCACCAACCACUCCUACUCGUACUACGAGAAACUCCAAGCGUAUUUCCCCAUCGCUGAGGUUGGUCUGCUGCAGGAAGACUCAUCCAACAUCCUGCAGGUCAUGGGGACUGCCUUCAAGAAUAUCCGAUCCAAGAUGAGCAUCCGUGCAGAGUAUGCACCCAAGGCUUUCAAGACUGAGUUCCUAAGCGCCGCCAGCCAGACUGUAGAAUACGGGGCCUUUAAUUUCACACCUGGACACAUAGGCAAGCUCAAGAUGGCCAUCACCGCCCAGCGGAUGAUCAGUGACAAGCCAGUCUGUCAGGUGGAGCAGGAAGAGAAAGAGGGGACGAUGAAAGUGAAACCUACAACCUUUAACAGUGGCGUCGACAUCAGAGCCUCAGUUGUGUGUGAGACCUGCGAAUGUGAGAAGACUCCCGACAUUAAAGCAUCCAAGUGCCACAGGAAUGGAGACCUGGUGUGUGGGCAGUGUCGCUGUUACAACGGCUGGCAGGGUAAGUUCUGUAACUGCUCGGCGGGGGCUUCGGCCAAGGACACCAGCCAGUGCAUAGGUCCGGGCAUGACGGAGCCGUGCUCGGGCCGCGGCGAAUGCCUGCCGUGCGGAAACUGUGUGUGCUACAACCCAGAAAAGUACGAGGGGGAGUACUGUCAGUACGACAGGACGUCGUGUCAAAGAUUCGGAGGAUUCCUCUGCAACGCACACGGCUCUUGCAUUAUGGGUCAGUGUACGUGCAUUGAAGGCUGGGAGGGAAGCGCCUGCGAGUGUCCCAAGAGCAACCAGACCUGCCUGGACAGCAAGGGGGGUGUCUGCAGCAACCGAGGUAAAUGUGUCUGCGGCCGCUGUGAGUGUCCGCACUCUGGUUUCGAGAUGACUUCAACCUGUGAGCCAAAUUUCCAGGCCCAGCUCGGCGCCUGCGAAAGUACGAGAAAUUGUGCCCAGUGCAAAGCCUGGAAGACAGGGAAGCUGAAGGCGGAGGAGGAUUGUGCCAAGUGUCCCUUCGAAGUGGAGAUGGUGGACGAACUCGAAGAACGGGAGAAGGUGCUCGAUUCGUGCAGUUUCCGCGAUGAGGACGACGACUGUACAUAUCACUACACUGCUGACGACCCUAAAGUGCCGACUGAAGCCUUGAAGGUGAAGGUGCUCAAGAAGAAAGAUUGUCCCCCUGCCUCCCUCCUGUGGCUGCUCCCUCUCAUCCUGUUCCUCUUGUUGCUGCUGGCACUUCUGGCGCUCUGCUGCUGGAAAUACUGCGCCUGCUGUAAAGGCUGCUUGCAGAGCUGUCUUGCCCUGCUGCCUUGCUGCAGGAGAGGUCGCAUGGUCGGCUUCAAGGAAGACGAGUAUUUGCUCCGCCAGUCUCUCCUGACCUCGGACCAUCUGGACACACCAAUGGUGAGGACCGGCCCGCCCAAAGGGACCGACGUGGUUCGCUGGAAGGUCACGGAUAACGUGCACAGAGGACCCAACCACCCGCAGGCUCUGAUAAAGCCCAACCCCAAAGAAACCAUCCAGUUUCCGAUCUCCCUCCGGCUGAACAGGCUGUUCUCUGAGAACCUGUCUCGUCCUGAAUCCAGAGACGCCGAGCAGCUCCGCAAGGAAGUGUCCGAUAACUUAAACGAGGUGUACAAGCAGAUUCCCGGCGCCCAGAAGGUGCAAAAGACGGCUUUCAGAAUGCAGAGAAACGCUGGAAAAAGGCAGGACUACACCAUCAUGGACACCGUCCUGUCUGCUCCUCGCAGCAGCUAUCCUGAUAUCGUUAAACUCACAGAGAGAAAUGUCCAGUCUGGAAACUUCCAUGACCUCAAAGUGGUGCCUGGCUAUUACACCGUGGCCACAGACAGAGAGGCUGCGGGAGCCGUAGAGUUCCAAGAAGGCGUGGAGUCGGUGGACGUCCAUGUGCCGCUCUUCACCAAAGAUGAAGACGACGACAAGAAGCAGCUGCAGGUGGAGGCGACGGAUGUGCCGCUGGGCAUCGCAGAGAUUGGAAAACGUCUGGUUAACAUCACCAUCAUCAAAGAGCACGCCUCCAGCGUGUUCUCAUUCCUCCAGCCGGCCUACACCUACAGCCGACAGGACGGAGUGGCCAACAUCCCAAUCAGCAGAGACAUCAUCGAGGACGGACGCACACAGGUCACCUACCGCACACGGGACCUCACAGCCAAGGACAAGAAGGAUUAUAUAACCGUGGAAGGAGACCUGACCUAUGGUCCUGGUGAGACCCAGAAGACAGUUCCUGUUCGUCUGCUGGAGCUCGGCGAGAAGGAUGGCCUGCUGGAGGACAAACAGGUCAAACAGUUUGUCAUGGACCUCAGUAACCCACGGCAGGGCGCCAAGCUGGGCCGCUACCCACGAACUACCAUCACCAUCGCAGACCAACCAGAGCCGAGCGUGAUGAUGUUCAAGAAGGGCACCCAGAACUUCACCACAUCUGACCCGACCUACACCAUCCCCGUGGUGCGCACUCGGAACCCGGACAGUCCCGCUACGGUGAAAUGGCGCACCAAGAAGGCCCAGCGCUUCGAGCUGUCCGGCCCUCUGAAGUUCGCUCCCGGAGAAACAGAGAAGAACAUAGUGAUCGACCCGAAAGCCCAUCCCGGUCCAAUCCAGCCAGAAACCUUCCAGCUGGAGCUGUUUGACCCGAGCAGUAACGCCUCUGUCGGAGAGAGGAAGACCACGCUUGUCAACGUGACAGAUGGAGCUCCCAAAUCUCCUGAUGUGGCCCAGAUGCAAGAGCGGAGCUUCAUCAGUCAGAAAGCCAGCUCCCCUGGUGGCCUCCUCCUCUCCCCAGCAAAUCCUAAAGCCAAAGCAACUGGACCCAGAAGCAUUCACCUCAACUGGGACCCGCCAUCUGGUAACCCAGCAGGGUACAAGGUGAAGUACUGGAUCUAUGGCGACCCAGAGAAAGACGCCCAGGUCUUAGACGUGAAGACUCCUCAGGCUGAGCUGACCAACCUGUACCCGUACUGUGACUACGAGAUGCGAGUGUGCGCCUACAACGCAAUGGGAGACGGCUACAACACCGACAUUAUUCCCUGUCAAACCCUGGAGGACGUACCUGGUGAACCUGGACGUCUGGCCUUCAACGUCAUCAGUCCGACCGUCACUCAGCUCAGCUGGGCAGAGCCUGCAGAGACAAACGGCAACAUUACAGCGUAUGAAGUCAUCUACACACCCAUCGAUGAUGACAUGAAGCCGGUGGGCGCCGCCAAGAAAGUGAAGAUCGACAACCCCAAGAAGCGAAUGCUGCUGAUCGAGAACCUCCAGAGCGCCCAAACCUACCAGUACAAGGUCCGAGCCAAGAACAGCGUGGGCUGGGGCCCCUUCAGAGACGCCACCAUCAACCUGGCCUCUCAGCCCGCCAGACCUCUGUCCAUUCCCAUCAUUCCAGACGUUCCCAUCGUGGAUGCAGAGGCAGGAGAUGAGUAUGACAGCUACCUGAUGUACAGCAACGAGGUGCUGAAGUCUCCUGGGAGCUCCAAGACCCCCAGCGUCUCUGGUGAUGAUUACACGAUGAACGGGAAGUGGGAACAGAACUUCCUUUUCCCCGGAGGCUCGGCGACUCGCAACCUGUCGGCGUCGUCCUCUCCCAUGUCCACCCUGAGCUCAAACUACAGAGGAGGAGCCGGCUCCUUUACCACAGAGACAACCACCACCUACAUGUCUGGAUCAGGAGGCGCUCGUAGACUGGAUAUGAUCGGAGGUGGAGUUCACACAUCAGAAGUCAUCAUGAGGAAGCGCUCAGAGAACAGGGGUUACACCGAUGAAAACAUCCGGGACUCUAUCGUCAUGGGAGAUGUGUCGAGCAAGUUUCCAGAUCUUGGUGGGUUCGGCUACACUGGGAUGCAGAGCAGCUCUCAGAGCCAGUUCAGCUACAGCCUGUCUCAGGGUCCGAGGGCCAGGACCCAGUCUUCGGACGUCAACGAGGCCUUAUAUAAUCUGGACAGGGUGCUCCAGGAUGCUCGGCUCUCCCCCGGUGUCCCGGACACCCCCAGCAGACUGGUGUUUUCCGCUCUGGGGCCCACUGCCCUCAAAGUCAGCUGGCAGGAGCCCCACUGUGAGAAAGACAUCCUCGGCUACUGUGUCCUCUACCAGCUGCUCAAUGGAGGUGACGUGAAGCGGAUCAACGUGACGAACCCAGCGGAGAACUCUGUGAUCAUCCAGGACCUGCUGCCCAACCACUCCUACCUAUUCAAGGUGAAGGCGCAGAGCCAGGAGGGCUGGGGUCCAGAAAGAGAGGGCGUCAUCACCAUCGAGUCCGCUGUCGAUCCCAAGAGUCCCCUCAGCCCCAUGCCAGGAUCGCCGUUUACUCUGAGCACCCCCAGCGCUCCGGGCCCCCUGGUCUUCACUGCUCUGAGCCCUGACUCCCUGCAGCUCAGCUGGGAGAAACCUCGCAAACCCAACGGAGACAUCCUGGGCUACGUGGUCACCUGCGAACAGCUGCACGGUGGAGGUGACGUGCGCUCCUUCCAGGUGAACGGCAACAGCGCCGAGACCAGUCUGACCGUCCCGAACCUGACUGAGAACGUCCCCUACAAGUUUAAAGUCCAGGCUCGGACCACACAGGGCUUCGGUCCAGAGAGGGAGGGCAUCAUCACCAUUGAGUCUCAAGAUGGAGGUGCGUUGUCUCAGUACAGCAGCCAAUCAAUGACGAGGAGGGAGGUUUUCCACAUGCCGACAGAAGUCAGCACACGAACCAACGUCUCACACACCAUGCUCAACGACCCCUACUUCUCAGGUACAGACGGGAUGAUGAUGACCACGCAGCACACAGAGUCCAGCGGCAUGGUGACUCGCCAGAUCACCAAGGAGGUGGUUCAGAGGAGCGUCAUGGGGGGAACAACUGUCACAAAGAAGAUGUUUUAUGAAUCUUAAGAUCUUAUUUAACUACGCCCCAAAGGUCCAACGUGAUGAGGAAUCAUUCUCUUUUACAAAGAGUCGGCUUCAGAGCACUCACACAGUAUAUCAGUGUAUAUUUUUAUAUGUGAGUGUGAGAUUCUGCGACCAAACAUGACAAAUAAUUUCACGUGAUAAAUGAGAAGAGGCUGUUCUAUCAUGUCUGUUACAAACUGUGGCCUCCAUACAUGAGGUUUAUUCUAACAUUUCUGUAACGUUCACUGUCGCCUCUAAUGUUCUUCAUUCCACUUUAUUUCCAGUAAGGACAGACUCCGCUCCCUCUGUCGGUUCAGGUCUUGUAACACACACUGGGACUUUAAACAGGCCAGCAUGGGUCAGUAAUCUGACCGUGGUUCAGUAAUCCAAAGUCACCUUUUCCUCCUGUCCUCCACCUGUCUGUUAGAGAUGCUUUGUUUUGGGUUAAACUUUUCUUUUUUUUUUUAGGAGAGAUUGGACUUGAAUUUGUGGUGGAUGUUUUCAAAGGUUCAUUUUCAUCGGAGUGAUCGGGAGCAUCAGAGCGGAGUGUUUGGGAUUUUUUUGUUCAUAGCUUUGUAUUAUAUCAAAGUGUGAUAACAUUUUUUUUUCCAAGUGUAUUUAAUACUUUUUAAGAUUUUUACUUAAGCAGACUGAUGUUGAAUUUAAUGCCAAAUAUAGAGACAUUUCUGCAGACACAGGUUUGUGUUUGUGUUGCUGAUUUAUACUGUUAUUUCCUACUGACAAGCGAGGGGCAGGAUUAUGAUCAACACUCACUUAAGAGGAUGUUUUAUACUCUAAACUGUGGUAAACACUGCUUGUUUCUUUACUCUGCCAGGCCUUUGUAUUUUGCAUUUUGAGUAGAUCAACGUUUCAACAAUGAGCUCUUGGUGUUUUGGAGAAAUGGUGUGUAAAGACAGAAAGAUUGUAUUUGCUUUAGUCCUACUGUAUUCUGGCCUCACAUUUUGUUAAAAAUAUUUUAUUGUUUGGAGAUACAGAAACAGAUAAGUCACCAAAAACAGUAAAGUUUCCAUGUACUUUUUACCAACAUGUAUCACUUACUUUUAAGCAUUUUAUUUUUUUUGCAUCAUCUUUUUUCAUGUUGUUUUGCAGUUCUGUUGCACUUAAGAUUUGAAAUUAAAAGAUUUCUGUUAAAUAUGA